AUGAACUGGUUCAGACGUGACCAAGCAUCAUCUCCCGAGAAGUCCCAAGAGGACCCUCCACCCUACGACGAUGAUUCUCCAAGCGCACCUGAAAAGAUAAUCGCAUCAGAUUCCAGCGACAUGGUUGCAAGCGGCCCACCGACCAUUGCUGGCAAAAGAGUAGACUACUGCAUCGAUUGGUCAAAGCCGCAUUUCUCCGCCAAGUACUGCAAUCCAGGGUUAUUGGGAGUGUGGCCAUAUGAGCCUAGCUUUCGAAGAGAUUUUGGUCUCCUUUUCAGAGAGAGAGCUUCCCGCAACCAGAUGACAUCACUGCAUCCCGGAGAGAGGAAGCAUAAGGAGAGCUUCUGGAUGCGAUACCUCGCAUUCUCCACACCGGAGCCUUUGCAAGAGAAACCAUUACACUCUCGAAGUUGGGUUGCCGAAGUGGCAGUGGGGCACAAAGACGAGGAAUGGCUCAAGGACCAUGAUUUCCGGACGACGCUUUCACCCCAAAACAUUGAGAUUGCUGAAAUUGACCAGCGGACGGCACCGGGACGAUGCAAAAAAGUUGUCAUGUUUCGUCGAGGGAUCUUGUAUGGAAACGACAUGACGGGCCAGAGGGUUGAAGCCUGGAGGGACGAGUUUACCAAGAGUUUUGGUGCUUUCAUUGAGCCAAUGCUGUCAUAUCAGCAGUACUGUUGA